CAACCAAACCUAGUUCCUCACAACACGCGUGACAUCAUCCGCUGUAAUAGAUCCGCUGCACUGUUCUUUGGGGCGAAGCUAUAAAAGCAAAAGCUAUUUUGAGGUGUAUUUCUCUCGAGUUUUUAUUACAAGACAGAAGUCAAAAUUCACUGGAAAAAAAUGGCAGAAUCAGCAGUGAGUCGGUUUGUGGAUCAGUUCAGCUGUCCAGUCUGUUUGGAUGGACUGAAGGAGCCGGUGACGAUUCCCUGUGGACACAGUUACUGUAUGAGCUGCAUUACUGACUGCUGGGGCCAGAAGGAGCAGGGACCGCCGUACUGCUGUCCCCAAUGCAGAGAGAGCUUCAGUCAGAGACCUCUACUGAAGAAGAACACUCUGAUAGCGGAGAUGAUGGAGACGCUGCAGAAGACGUCUCUACAAACGGCUGCUGUGGACUGUGAUGUUUGCACAACAGAGAAGAGCAGAGCUGUUAAGUCCUGUCUGCAGUGCUUGGCCUCCUUCUGUCAAACUCACCUGCAGCUUCACUAUCAAUCUCCUGCGUUUAUGAAGCACAAACUAGUCGAAGCCUCUAGAAACAUUCAGGAGAACAUCUGCCUCAGUCAUGGGAAACUUCUGGAGAUCUACUGUCAGGACGACCAUCAGUGCAUUUGUUGUUUGUGUACUGAUGAUCAUAAAGGACACAGUGUGGUGUCUGUGGAUUCAGAAUGGACUAGGAAAAAGGAAGAAUUAAAGGAGUUAAAAGAGACGUGCCACAAACUGGUCCAGGAGCGAGAGAGAGGGAAGCAGGAACUCAGUGAAGCUCUGAAACUUCUUAAAAGUUCAGCGCUAGAGACCAUGGAGAACGUUGAGAAGGUCUUCACUGAACUCAUCUGCUCUCUUGAGAAAAAACGCUCUGAGAUUAAAGAGCAGAUCAGAGCUCAGGAGAAGACUGAGAUAGAUCGAGCAGAGGAACUUCACAGACAUCUGGAUCAAGAGCUGACAGAACUCAGAAAAAGACAAGCUGAGAUUGAAAAACUAAUGAUUACUGAGGAUCAGGUCAAUUUUCUAAAGAGCUGUCAAUCUGUGUGUGUUUUACCAACAUUUGAAAACGUUCCCAUCACUCAGCACACUCAUCUGUAUUUUAAAGAUGUUUCAAUCUCAAUAUUUAAGGAGGUUUUGGAGGACGUCUGUCAACAACAAACAGCGAAAAUAUCACAACAAGUGUCAAAAGUCUGUGUUGCCAAGACCCAAAAUGAUUUUUUGCAGUAUUUCUGUGAUCUUCACCUGGAUCCAAACACUACAAAUAAUGCCCUCAAACUAUCUGAGGACAACAGGAAAGUAUCAUUUACAUAUAAAAAACAGCAUUAUCCUGAUCACCCGGAGCGAUUUGAUAGAUAUGUGAAUGUCAUGUGUCAAGAAGGUUUGUGUGGUCGUGGUUACUGGGAGGUCGAGUGCACUGGAAAGCAAUGGGCUGUAGCAGUUUGUUACAAAGGAAUUGGACGUAAAGGAGACAGUGAUGAGUGUAGACUUGGUGACAACAAAAAGUCCUGGCGAUUCAGCUUUUAUCUACAAAAUUUCUAUUUCACACAUGACAAAAAGAAAGUCUCAGUCCCUGCUGUCUGCUCCUCUAGAGUAGGAGUGUAUCUGGAUCAUGGAGCAGGAACUCUGUCCUUCUACAGUGUCUCUGACAAAAUGACUCUCCUUCACAGAGUCCAGACCACUUUCACUGAACCCUUAUAUCCUGCGUUUUUUGCUGGCUAUGGCUCAUCUGUAAGGAUAAUAGAAGAGCAGAAUUUAAAAAUAUAAUUCAUCAGAAAAUAUUAAAUAAAAUAUUUUAGGGCAGUGGUUCCCAACCUCGUUCCUGGAGGCCCCCCAACAGUGCACAUUUUGCGUUGCUCCUUUGUUUGACACUCAUUUCAGAUCUUGGAGUCUCUACUACUGAGCUGAUGAUCUGAAUCAGGUGUGUCUGAUUAAGGAGACCUAUAAUGUUGGGGGGCCUUCAGAAAUGUGGUGGGUAACCAUUGGCUCAGGGCAUCCAUCUGGCAUGUGUGGCACUAGGACGGGGCUUAAUGGGGGUAUAGCUCCAACAUAAACUUAAAACGAAAACGCAUAAGUGUAAACGUAUCAGUCUGAAGUUCAGGAUGGAGAGGAAGAACUGCUGUCUGUCUUCACCAUAAACUGUAUAAAAGGUCGUCACACAGACUAGCAUUCUUAAAAAAAUAACUUAAGGAAAUAGUUUUAUUAAUUGUCUGCACUAUAUCUUUUGUAAAAAUGAAUAAAUAAAUAAAAAAUUAGAAUUUACGUUUUUCUGCAAUGACACUUGAUGGUCAAAAAAUGUGUAAAUAAUAUAUAUAAUAUAUAAAUAUAAAAUAAAAAACACAACAUCAUAUUUUAAGUAAAAUAUCACAACAUAAACAAGAACGUAACAUUUGCUAAAUGUACAGCGGAUACAGCGCAGAAUAGUUCAAAAUAAACAAUUUAAAGCUUGACUGGUCACAAGGUCUCAAGAACAUAGUG